AUGUCGGGUAAUUCUGAAAGUAAUCAGAAAAAUAAAAAAAGGCAAUCUGAAGAACUUCGUAAUGCCAGCGUACAAUAUACACAAGGCAACAAAAAAGUUAAAUAUUCUGAUUAUUUGAAACCAUUUGAAUAUUGUGAGACAGCACCUGUUCGUGAUGUUGAACAUU